UCUUCCUUUCCACCUCACUUCCCCCGAGCCUCCAACUGAAGCAGGUUUUUAAUAAAACUACAGGGACAGUCCAGGUUUCCUCCCGGACCGAGCAGAAGGACGGUUUCAAUCUUCCCGCUCCGGUUCCGAGCCGCCAGCAGGACCGACAGGAUGAAGUAUUUCACCAGGCUGAGAGUCAGACGGAUCUAUGAAUGGCGCGGAGCUGCGCUGGGCUUCAACAGGAAGCUCCAAACUUAUGAAUAUGGCUCUCUCUCCAUCAGGGUGGAGGGUCUCCCUCAUUCCACCGUCAUCAGCGCCGGGCAGCACAUCCUGAUCGAGGGCGACGACGACGACAACCCGUACGUCGCCCGAGUGGUGCGGCUGUUCGCAGACGAGAGCGGCGCGCAGAAGAAGGCCGUGGUCCAGUGGUACGUCCGGGUGUCCGAAGUGCCGCCGGGCAAACUGAAGCUGCUGGGCAGAAACCCUCACCCACAGGAAGUCUUCUUCUACGAAGGUCGCAGCUGUGAGGACGAGGUCAACGCCGAGUCCGUCCUCCGACCCGUUCAGGUGAGACACCUGGACGCCGCCGCUCCGUUCCCCGUCUCUGAGGACGGAGACAUUUUCUACGUCAAACUGUCCUGGGAUUCCAGAACCUUCCGACCCGUCGACCCGUCUCUGCUGGACGCUUCUCGUCCUCCCUGCCGCUCCCUCCCUCUGUCCCCGCCUAGCUCGCCCCCUGCGGCGGCCCCGGCCCCUGGGGGCCCGGCCCGCCGCGCCCUCCCCACCCCGGACCCCGCCGUGAUGCGUGGCGCCAUGGCGACGCCAGCGAGCAGCAGGAAGCCCGGCGCCGAGGCCGAGUCGCUGCACUCCCUCACCAAACUGUCGGCCUCCAAAUGCCUCAGUGCCAAGCGGCGCAGCGCCACCUGCAGGACGCCGGGCGUCCGCAAGAAGCUGCAGCUCAGCAGUCCAGACGACCCGGCGGCGCUCAGAGACGACGUCCUGCAGCAGCUGCUGGAGGCGGAGCUAGAGAAGGGGAGGCGGUCCGCCGCCGCGGCGUCCCCCUCUGAGCCGCUCCGCAUCACCCACAGCCUCACCCCCCUCCGCAGGACCAGCAGGACACCCGGUCGCCACGACGACUUUCCCCUGACGCCGUGCUCUGUCCGCCGCCGGGAGUCCCAGAGCGAGACGGACAGUCCGCCGGCCGGAGACGACCUCAGCAGUCCUCAGCUGGAAUCCUCCAGCAGCAGAAGAAGAGUCGCUCUGCGGAGAAACCACGCCACCUUCAGGGAGACCAGAACCAGCACCAAGAGGAAGGAGGUCCAGACUGGGACAGAACCGGUUCUGGAGGUUCUAGACGAGGAGGAGGAGAAGAACUGCGCCCUGAGGAUCCCCAGGAGGCAGUCAGCUCUGAAGGUGUCGUCUCGGAUCAGGAAGCAGCUGAACCUUCUGGACGACCGGCUGAGCUCUGACGAAGACGAGGAAGAGGAGGAGUUUGUUCCCUCCAGGAAGGAGCUGCAGAGCGACGAAGAGGAGGAUGAUGAAGGUGAUGAGGAAGAGGAUGAAGAGUUGAAGGUGAAGAAGAGCCGCCGCUCCUCUUCCUCGGCGGCGUCUCGUACCAAGCAGAAAACCUCAGCCCGAACGCCGAGGAAGGCCGGUCCGAAAACGCCGCGGACUCACCACCACGCCACGCCCAGCAUCCCAAACCGGGCCCAGCCGGCCCGUCGCCCCGGCAACAUCCUGGAGGAGGCCAGAGCCAGGCUCCACGUGUCGGCCGUGCCGGAGUCGCUGCCCUGCAGGGAGCAGGAGUUCCAGGACAUCUACAGCUUCGUGGAGAGCAAGGUCCUGGACGGAACCGGAGGGUGCAUGUACGUGUCCGGCGUGCCGGGGACGGGGAAGACGGCCACGGUGCAGGAAGUGAUGCGCUGCCUGCAGCACGCCGCCGAGCAGGACGAGAUCCCGCCGUUCGUCUUCAUCCAGAUCAACGGGAUGAAGAUGACCGACCCCCACCAGGCCUACGCCCAGAUCCUGCAGAAGCUGACGGGUCAGAAAGCCACGGCCGACCACGCCGCCGCCCUGCUGGAGAAAAGGUUCAGCCAUCCGGCGCCGAGGAAGGAGACCACGGUGCUGCUGGUGGACGAGCUGGACCUGCUGUGGACCAGGAAGCAGAACGUGAUGUACAACCUGUUCGACUGGCCGACGCGGCGCCACGCCCGCCUGGUGGUGCUGGCCAUCGCCAACACCAUGGACCUGCCGGAGAGGAUCCUCAUCAACCGCGUGGCCAGCAGGCUGGGUCUGACCCGGAUGUCCUUCCAGCCGUACUCCUUCAAGCAGCUGCAGCAGAUCGUCACGUCUCGCCUCAACAAGCUGAAGGCCUUCGAGGACGACGCGCUGCAGAUCGUCUCCAGGAAGGUGGCGGCGCUGUCGGGCGACGCCCGCAGGUGCCUGGACAUCUGCCGGCGGGCGACGGAGAUCUGCGAGCGCUCGGCGGCGCAGCUGGUGGGGAUGAGCCACGUGAUGCAGGCGCUGGACGAGAUGUUCUCCUCGCCGUACAUCGCCGCCAUCAGGAGUGCGUCGACGCAGGAGCAGCUGUUCCUACGAGCCGUCAUCGCAGAGUUCAGGAGGCUGGGACUGGAGGAGGCCACCUUCCAACAGGUGCUGGUGCAGCACCAGGCUCUGUGUCGGGUGGAGGGCCUGCAGCCCGUUGGCGUGUCGGAGGGCCUGGCUGCGUGUCGGCGCCUGGGAGCCUGCAGGCUGCUGCUGCUGGAGCCCAGCCGCCUGGGGGUCCUGCAGAGGGUCCGGCUCAACGUGAGCCAGGACGACGUGCUCUUCGCCCUGAAGGCCGACUGACGAGGAGGAGGAGGAGGAAGCUCGGUUUUAAAUGUUUCUGUUUCAGCUGUUUUUCAUCUCUGGUGUUAUUAAA